AUGCCGUCGCAAUCGCCAGUCCUCUCGCUGCUGAGCGGCGCAGGCCUCGACUCGCGCAAGCAACGGCAGCUACGGCGCUCCCUCGCGUCACUGGGAGCUACUGUCGACACUUCCGGGGAGAACAGAUGGAACCCGAAAACGACACAUCUUAUUGCAGACGCUCCGCUUCCGUGUGUAAAAUGGGUUUGUGCUGUCGCCGCCGCUGCCAAAGUCCGGCUUUUAAAGCCAUCCUUUCUGGAAGCAUGCGUUGCGGCAAAUAAUAUCAACAUCGACACCACUCCGCAUCAGAUGCGCUUCGAUAUAAACGAGACCACGCUCUUGGCUGCGGAAAUGGACGCGCUGUGGGCUGGACGCGUCUGGCCUGCUUCGUUUGAAUACUGGCGACAGCGCGCUCAGAGGGGGACAGGUGACGGUCCUCUGUGCGAGCAUCGCGUACUCAUCCUGGGCCAGCUCAAGCCUCGGGGCGCGGCUGGCAUGGCCACCCCGUCCAACAAAAUUGUGACCGAUAUCCUUGUGUCUGCCGGGGCACAGGUCGUCAAGACUCUCGAUGACAAGCCGACGUUUGCUAUUGCCGCCCCAGGCUUGGACCCUGCAAGAUUGGUGGACCUCAAGAAAGCUCUGAAACAGGAGGUGCUUUGCCUUGGUUCAGCUUUUUUGGUCGAUCUGAUUUGCCGAGUGAGUGCCGACCCCUCGCAUUAUGUCAUGUAUGAUGCGCAGCGCACUCUUUGCGGGCCUUUACUUGAUGUUAAGUCCUGUCUGACCUUCGCAGGGCGUCUUCCUAUAUCGAAAAGGCACCUUCCUGAAGAAUGCAGACGUCGUCCACGCCGUUCAUCGAGACGGUGCGCGAAAAGGCAAAAAGAAAACGAAAUUAGCCCCGUCUGCGUCAAGCCAGCGGAUGUUAUUUCAAACGCCAGCCCUGCGAGUAGUUCGAAGAAAGGAAUGAAUAUGCAAGACGACGCUAUAGAAGUAGUAGAUGUCAAGAAGUCGUCUAUUGCCGUCGGUAGGAAUGCCCAUGCAUUCUCGACAAUCACGCCAGCACAAAAGCCAACGCCUUGCACCCCUACACCGGAAGAGGUUUCUCUACAGGAGCCUUCCGAGAGCCGCACCAGAUCAGGGAGGCCACGGAGAACGCGUAAGAGACCAAGAACCGGGGCUUCUGACGUGCGGUCUGCCUUGCAGUUUGACGGCCCGAAGAGAAUGAAAGAUGUUUCGGCUUCUCGCGCGCACUCCAGGUCUAGAAUCGAGGAGCCUCCAGUAGUCAAGGCUGUAGCAGUGGUGACUGUGACAGAUGAUGAAUACGAUAACGUCUCCAGACCAAAACGCAGGCGUGAGGUCUCUUCAAGUCUUCUUCAUGAAAUGCGUACUAGUCAGAAUCAUGAAGGAGAGAAGCGUGGGUUGGAGGGAUCCAGUGGAAAGAAAUCUGCAGAGAUAUUUUCCGAGAACCCCCAAGACACAAUUUCAAAACCUAGUCUGAGGCAUGGAAAAACUUGUUCUCGUACGGGAAGUUGUCGUCCUGGAGACAUGGACUGUGAGCUUGAGAGACCUACUGGACAAAGACUAGAGAAUGUCUCCGUACAGACCACUCGGGACGCUCCAUCAAGGCGAAAAAUUGAGAUCAAAUCACCGUCUGGUUUGUCCAAAGUUCAGAAACUUCUGAUUGAUGAUGAGUCAUCCGCAAUUGUUCAAGUGGCGAGCAAGUCACAGCGCAUCCGUAAGAGCCGAGAGGUAAUUGACGUUGAUACAAUUUCCGAGCAAGAGCCUAUAUCGGAAUAUAGCAAGAGGCCAACCCAUCACAGCUCUGCACUGCUUCAAUCGAAAUCAAUUUUUACGGUAGAAGAUGGUUACAAUUUCGUCCUUGGGAUUCUUGGUGGUAAACCAUCAAAGCGGGAGGUCGAUUGGAUUCCGCAAGCGGAGCGCAGCUAUUCUGUUGAGGAGGGAUCUGAACGCAGCUGUUCAGAUGCGCCCGUUGGCAAUGACAUCCGAAGUCUGCAUGCAAGAGAGGAAGAGAGCCCUGCAUUUGAAGUAGACGAGCCGUUGUGGUUUGAUGAUACUGAUGUUCUUGGGCAGGGGACACAAAUUAUUACACCAGCAGUUUUGAAGAGUUCCCGACCCAUAGCGGUUGACAGACCCGGCCAUGAUAGAAUGUCUGGGCGAACUGAACGCACUCGUCGAGAAUACGAAAGCAAAAAAGAAGUGGAUGUUUUCUCCAUGAAAGUCCCAAAGAAGGUUAUCAUGGUACGAAAUGUGCUUCAACCAAAGUUUGCCGCCAUCCAGAGUGCGAACGAUUUGCGCACCUCCACUGGAAUCGAGGCAGAUGAUGAAUAUUGCCAAAGUGAGGUGAAGUACAUUGAUUGGAUCAUGGGAGCUGAACGCUUGAUAGGAUGCUCACUCGCCGAUCAAGAUGAACUUGAAACGAACUCCCACGCCUCUUCUGCUCGGCGCAUUUGUUUGUCACUCGCAGAAUCAAGCUGUCUAUCUCGUUUCAAGUCGGCAGGGGGUUUAAGUGAGGUGGAAAUACUGGUACUGACUGGAAUUUGUACGCGACUCGUCAUUACGGAGGCGGGUUUUGAUUCAUGUCCGACAAUUCUUGAGGAACUUUUGUCACUUCGUGAGAAGCAAAACCAGGCCGGCUUUGACUCGUUGGAAAAAGUGUUAUCCGCGUCAGAUCCCAGUGCGGUAUCGAUACGACACCGGGCAGUUGCAACGUUGUGGUCCAUAUUGAUACUGCGUACGAGCCAAUCACCAGAGACAAAGUGCAUGCGAGCUGUUUUCAACACUGUCUGCAAAUUACGUCUGAGGAAUCUGUUUUCAAAGGCAAGGGCCCCAACUGUAGGAAACAUUGCGGUGUUGCGCAAAGGGUUGGAUUGGAUUCUGAGUUCUUCGUUGAUUGUCGCUUAUGCACAUUCAAUUCAGUUGGAUUUUAUCCGAGACUCGAGAGCGGUUGCAGAUGUGUCUGCGGCAAUGGAAAUUCCUGAGAAUUGGGACAUAGUAUGCAUGACCUUGGAACAUUUCUGCGGUGAGGUGGGACAAGUUUUGGGGCAGAAGAAGGGGAUACGCGAUGUUCUGCUGACGUACUUGCGUUGUGUGGCCCUUAAGGUUGCUCAUCGCGUUUGGAACGUAACUGAGCAAGCCCUUAACUCUUUCUCGAAAGCAAUCUCGUAUCAAAGCAAAUUUGAACAAGACAAUUGUUACUGCAAAGAACCAGCGAUGUUCGUGUCGAAAUUUCAGACUCUACUCAGUGAGAAUUCUCUAGCAGCAGGCGAUGUUGAAGAGAAUCUUCAAACUCCGUGUGAUUGUUUCUUUUUGUUAGGAUGGCGCUUUGCAGUCUAUGGCGAAGGAAACGCGAUGAAGAGAGCAACGGGAGUAAUCAAGAAUGGUUCAGUUUUUACAAACGUCAAUAUGUCCUCUCCUGGCUUUUCACGUGCUAUUAAUCAUCACGUGGCACUCACAUUGACUGUUGCGGACAGUCUAGCCUCUACAAGUGCAAACGGGGAAUAUUUGCUGUGUCGAACUCUAACUUCAAAAUGCCCGAGGAUAGAGACAGUUAUGGACCGAUAUGCUAUACAUGCCAAGGAAGAUGAGCAAUGUUGGAAAGCUACAAUAGAAGCUAUUGGGGUGAGAUGUCGUGCUCUGCACGCUAAGGGGGGCAGCAGUCAUGUGUAUACAAACUGGCUAGCACAGAGUGUGAUCGGGUCUUUCCGCAAAGUGAGGAAGUCAAGGGAGAAGGGAAGUAUUCCAGUGCAGCAUCGGGAGGAACUGCGAGUCCAGGAAUCUGUGUUUACUAAUCUUGCACUGAUGGCGCUUUCGAGUAUUCGAGAUGCAACAGAUUUGCUCAUUGCGAAAGCGUUUGAAGGAGACGCAGGAGCGCAGGCGGGUGUGAUGUCGUACGUAGACAAGUCUGAAGUGAGCGUACCGAGUUUUGCCCGCCUUGCCGGUGACCUUGCGUUACAAAUGAGGUCUGCGCCAGAAGAGUCAACAAAUCGCAGCAAGAUAUUGCUUUUGUCGGCACUACUGGGUGUGAUUGCGAAUGAAUUGAGGCUGGUUGCCCAUUUGCAGAGCAAGAGCAUGAAGAAGACUAACGAUCACAGGGAUGGUGGCAUAUCAGAGCAACUAAAACGAAAGAUCGAGUCUUUCGAGAAGAAGUCAAGCUUAGAAACAAUGUUGGUGAACAUCCUGGCGAACGAUGUUUGCCAUGAGGCGAGCGAUUUGAGUGUGAAAGUAAAACGCAGCGCGGCUCAAGGUCUAGCUCAGUUGAUGGAAGUAAGUCAAUGGCAAAGAGAGAGUCCAGUAGGCGAGGAUGAGAGACGGAAGACGGUAGAGGUGCUACGACGAGGGCGUCUAUGCGGAUUUGAGCGAGAGAAGUUGGGUGUGGAAGGGCAAGGUGGGGGAGAGAGAGGAGCUUCUAGAAGAAGAAUUGAGAAUCGCGCAAGAAUUCAAUUUUGGAGCGAGGUGUUUGCUGGGCAUUGGGGAAGGUACUUUGUGGAAAUGACCAACAGGACGAUGCAGGGCUCUCUGGUUGGUGUUUUAACAGCAGGAAUCGCCUACCUCUCUGAAGAACGCGAUAAUGAAUAUCGAAUGAUGAUUCGAAGAUUGGUUGGGUCUGUAGGACGACUGGGUGGGUAUGCGGAGUUGAUGGGUCGAUGGGCAUCACAAGUGUACGCGCUUGGAGACAACAGAGCUAAGGAAGGAGCGAACAACGACGGAGAAUGGACAGUGCCAGCUUCGGUUCAGUGUGUGGUGGACAUAGUGAGAAAUGUUGCACGUGCGCAGACGGUUGGGGAUGUACAACAAUUGGUUCAAGGGCUGCGCCAGUGCGCGGGCGGGUGGAUAGGGUAUGGGCAAGACAUGGAUAAUGUGCGGGAUGGGGUGUGUAUUUAUUCUCAUCUAUUAUGUGUAUGGGCGCAGACACAAGGAACGAGUAGGCUAAUGUGCGAUUCGCGGUGGAUUCAGGAAUGGCUAGGACCAAUCAGACAAGGGGUGCAACGACUGCAAGGGCGGCAAUGGCAAGGGGAGGCGGUAGAGAUGCGUUCGACUCUCUGGUGGGUGCAAGAGCGGGUGAUGGGGGCGCUGGGGAUGGUAGAGCAAAACGGACGGGAUCUCGAAAGACGAGUGUGCGUGACGAGGCUGGUCAACUGCUUCACACAAGGAAGUGGGACACUGGGAGGAUUUUGGCGCAGUGGGCGGGUUGAAGUCGGGGAUGGGUCGCAGGUUGGAAGAGUGGACGAGCGGCGAAGAUUCGAACGCAACGUGCGCGAGUGGCAAAAAGUGGUCUUCCACGUGGCUGUGGACGACCGACUGCGAGACCAGGGGUGGUUACAGAGCAAUACGGAACUUGGCUACGCGGUGUCUCGGCUGGUUGAAGCGCUCGAGCACUUUCGACGGGACGGUGAGCGGUGUGCUGUGCUCCUUUGGCAGGCACGGCAGGUGUACGGUCGAGCUAUGGCGGGCGCAGUGUUGAAGCGGGUGGAGGGCAACGCGAGACUGAGACGGCAGUGGCGGGAUGUGGAGAGGCUGAUCACAUCGGAGCCGUGA